CAUCGGGGACGCAGCGCACGGAGCCCAGCGCCAUGGAAACUGCAGUGGACCGGGAAAGCGUAUGAGUGACAUGAAAAAAGGGGACAGUGUCAACAGGAAAUUAAGCGUGGAUUAAUAUGCGGCAUGGCUGGUUGAUGUUCCCUCGGUGUACCUAUGGAUUCAUUAAUUCAAGUCUUGUGCCAGCCAGCGGGGCUGCCUGAAGCUGUAGGCUGCAUGGCACAUUAGAGAUGGUAAGGAUUAUAUUUUCCUUAUUACGUUAAUUCAAGCGCCUGCUAUGUUGCUAUCGCUUGUCUGGAACCGUGUUGCUCUGUCUGGAGCUGGACCUUAGCCCGUUCAUUCCUCUCAUCCAUUGAACGGCGAGUGAGCGGUGGUCAGCGGUGCGCCCCUGGUUCCGCCUGCCCGCACCCCGACGAGGAUGGCCGGCCGCCGCGGCUGCGUGAACUCGCUGUGGUCGGGCACCGAGCGCGUCCGCAUCGGAGAGCGCCUCAGAGCGACGUUGGCCGGGGUGCUGGAGCUGGAGGUGCUCAGGUGCAAACACCUGGAGAUGGUGGACGACGCUUUGGAGGACCGAGCCCCCGCUGCCACCAACGCCGAGGAGUCACGGGCGGAGGAGGGGAGCGGAGCCUCGGAGAGCGCAGACCAUGGCUCUGCCACAUCCCGCAGGCAACAGGCUCCGUCCCCCUCAGAUAUAGUGGUAUUGCCUUGUCAGAACUGCCCUGAGGACUGUGGCAGUAAUUCAGGCGAAGGGACGGUCCAUUCCUCAUCUGGCAGGGGGAGUAACUCACGCUGGUCUACUCUGUCCUGGGACACCCCCUCUGAACUGCUCUCUCCCCCAACACCAGACCCUAGUGGUAUAGUCCAUUUGGACUGUGACUCCAGACCUAGUUCAGGUUUCUACUCAGUGAGCGGGAGCUCUCUCUCGGACUCUUGCUACUCUGUGUCCAGUGAAGCUGCUCAGGGAGGACUGGCGCCACCGGCCAGACCCCUGAAGCUGUGGGAGCAGGUUCCUCUGUCUGCUGACAACACUGACAUCCUGUGGUCAGAAGGUGCAGUGCAGCAGCAGCACCGGCACCAGCAUUCUGCACUGCAGAACAGCCAGAAAGACCACAAACCAACAGAAGGGACACCAGUUUCAGUCCAAAGUGACCUUGAAGCAACUGGUCUGAGCUUUCUGUCUGACCUCUGCUCAGGACUCAGCGACUCCCUCAUUUCUUCUCUCCUCCGGCUUAUCGAUCCCACCUGCUCUUCCUUCACUUCCUCCCUCCAUCCAAAACCCCAGCUGGAUCCUCACUACUGCACAGACCUGGUGUCCCGUCGGACCAAAGAGGUGUACACCUACCCCAGCCCGCUGCAUGCCGUCGCCCUCCAGAGCCCCCUCUUCACCUCACAGAGCCAGGAGCCUUCAGCCUCUUCAAGCCCUGAAGGACCCCAACUAGAUGAACCACAAGAGUCCACUGCUGAUCAAACUCUGCCUCUCCAGCCUCACCAGCCUCGCCAGCCCCCUGCCCCGGCUUCCCUCACACAGCUAGAGCAGUACAUCUCUCGACUGGCUCGCCAGUACCACCGACGGGUAACCUCCUCCACCUCUGAUCUCACUUCAGCUGCCACCCCUGGUCUAGUUAAGCACAGAGGGCUUUGUAUCCCUGGCAAAAGUCACGGUUCCACCCAGUCCCUUUCUGCCUUUGAGAGCCGCAGUAACCUCAGCAUGACUCCCUGUAAGUCACUGCUAGGAAACUCUGCCAGGGUCAGCCUCAGCACUACGGGGAACAAAGCCACUAGGAAUUCAAUCAACCUGGGUAACCUUCCUUCAGCAACCGGAGAGGACUUGAACAUAAAUCUGCAUCUCAACCUCAACUUGAACCUGACCCCUGGUUUAAAUUCUAGCCGGGCACUGGUGGACAAUUCCAAAAAUGGCAGUUGUGGAGCUUUGAGGAGUGACUUCGCUGCAGCUUCCACAGCUUCUGCCACAUCACUCUCUGCUACACCCACCCCUGCACUUAGGACUCGCCCUCGCAUUUCAACAUGUCCAAGCAGCCUGAGCCACCGCAGUUCCCUGGAGGUCACUUCAGGGUCUGGAUCCAGUUCUGGAUUUGGGUCAUCUGCCUUCUGUCGCUCCUUAGACUGGAGCAGCGGUGCUCCACCUGAGACUGGAUCAUCAGUUUUUGGUACAAAUUCUGGAUCAGCUCCUGGGUCUCAACGCAGCAGCUUGAUCCAAGAGUCCAACACCAGUCCCAAGCUAAGUGAAGACUCUCCCAUGGUGGGGGAGAUCUCCCGCCUCUCUGGCCUCUCUAGGGCUGUUGUGGUUGGACUGAUGGAACAAGGUGUGGAGCUCGACAUUGACUGCUUUCAAACAGAUACUGCAGGCGAGGUGAGGGGUCACAGUAAAACUCGCCUGACAGCCCAGACAGAUCAGUCACAUGACUAUACUAGAUUGACCGACCUGAAUCCCCAGAGACCAAUACAGCUGUCUCUCAGUGUCACCCAUUCUCCACAGUCUCAGUCCAGUCUCACCCCUCCUCUCUCACACUCCAGCAGCCCCAUACACCCUUAUCAGUCCAUCCAUAUCCCCUCUCCCCACUACUCCUCACACUGCCACUACCAGCAGAUCCCUUCCUCAUCCGACGCGCCCUCGUCCACCGCCUCCUCCCCUGCCUCCCGCCCCACCCCCAGGGGCCGCUCUCCUCCCAGGCCUCUCCAGCCAUCCCCUUUGGCUGCCACUCCACUCUCUGUUUUCAGAAGGGAUGCGCCCUUCCAGUGCUCCCUGCCUCGCACCAAUACAAGGAGCUCUCCUUUGGAGCAUGGCGGUAUCCAACCAAGGGGUGGUUCACUACGGCAGAGUGGGGGAGGAAGUGGGGGUAGCGCCGGGUGGAAGAGGGUGGAUGGGGAGGGGCUUUAUAGAGGAAAGCAUGCCUCCCACAAGUUGAUCAGGGCAGCCACAGUAAGCAGCUACGCCAAGAGAGAGGACUAUAGCUCCAUUUGGGAUGAAAACCAGGAGCGGUCAGCAGCCCAGACACCCAAGAAGACUUCCAACAAACUCUGGAGGGGCUUUGAGGGACGCCUCCGGGGCAAGGAGUUCGAAAGCGAAAGGGAGGAGAUGGACCGAGCGGAGUAUGGCUACGGAUGGAGGAGGAACAGCGUCGGAAGCUGGAGGAGGGAGCAUAGAAGGAUGAAGUCUUCGUCCAGCAGUAAUGACAAGAGGCCAAAAGUAGAAAACUCCCCUAUCUUCUCAAAAAAAAGAGGGAAGGAAGAAGGGGAGAGACGCAGCACCAGCCUCAGGCUUUCCAGGAGGGCUUUGUUCAGGAGUGAGUCCCAAGGCUUGCUUGUGCCUCGAAACCACAGCGAGGGGCCCACAAAGCGGGCACACUGGGUUUCCUCAUUAGAUGUGGGGCAAGGUGGCAUGUACAUCGGCAAAGAUGAAGGGGUCAGACUGCUGAGAGCAAAGGAGGAAGACAAACACCUGUCCUCCACCGCCAGCCUCUUUAACCUCUCUCGUUCUCAGAGCCUGGAAGGCAGCUGCCAUUCCCUCUCCCCUCUCUCCUCCCCUUCCUUUUCUCCAUCGCCUCCUCCACGGGUGCCCCUCCAGCGCUCUCGUUCACUGAGGGACUUGGGGAGGAGAGUGUUUGGCUCCAUGAGGUCCCUGAGUCUCAAACGGAAGCCCUCCAAAAAGUGACCCUUGUAAAAUAAAUGAACAUCAUCAUCUUCCACGUGUUAACGUUCAGAACACAAGUGACGGUUGGUGUUAAAUUUCAUGUAGAAGAAGUGCCAUCAUUUUUCAUUCUCAAGCUUCAAAGACUUUUGAUUGAUUAGUCAGAUACACUGGUUUUAUAAUACUGGCCAUAACAUAUCACAUUAACACCACCUUCUGCCACCAAUAUGAUGGAUGUUCCUCUCAGGCACAUAAAGCCUGUAAAAACCCAUUAAUUGUGUUAUUGGCUCACAUCAUCAUUAUAGUAAUGUUUUGUACAUUUCUAAAGACAUCCAGUUUUUAUAGCUCCCCCCAAAAACUACAAAAAUAAUCAGAGGGCUUUGUAGCCAGCCUAUUGCAUUGUCUCUCAAAGUCUUUCCUCACUGACGUAGUAUUAUUCUCAAUUUUGCACCCUACAGUAGCAAGCGAGAAUGCUGUAGGAUGUAGUAAGGCCCACAGAGGAAUACCAGUGAAGAGGACAUAGGUGACAACUUCAUUUAGGGGUGAAAAAUUCCUUUUAGGAGCUGCAAAGAACUUCAUUAAUUUGGGUUUCAGUGGAGUUUUUCCAGUGUGAGUGGUUUAAAAGGAUUUGGCAUCUUAACAGGGACACAAUUCUGGGCUCCUUUUGUGGCUAAAAAGUAGCCAAACUUAAAGAUAUUGAAUGUUAACUCCUUAUUUUAGUUAUGAACAGCUUCACAUCACAUACUGGUUGAAUCCUCCUGUAAUCAUGAGUAUGAAUGUGUUUGUGUACACUCCUCUUCUGCAUGCUGAUCUGUGACUUGUUCAGUGAUUAUAGCUAUUGUGAGAAUGUGAUAUUCUUUGUUGAUGGGCAAUACUGCCUCUGCAGUACAAUCAUAUUGGCCAAAUAAUGACCAAAACCAAGCAAAUACUCUUUAACUUGAUAUUGUGCUCAGGAUUUUCAAAAGAAUAUUGAAUUAUUAAAAUAUUGAUGAGUUAUUUGACUAAAUGUGGCUUCACAUGGCUUACCAUUAAUAAAAUAAACUUAUAUCUUAACAUGUA